AUGACCUUUGCUGACACCGGAAAAGAAUUUAGAGCAGGUACCAAGCUGACUUUGUUGGGUCGCAACCCAGAGGACCAGAGUGGGUUUGCUAACGCGCCUCUGUACAAGGGCUCGACUAUCAUUUACAAGACCCUUGACGAUUUUGAAAAUCUCAGAUCCAGAUUUUACUACGGGACGGCCGGAUCUCCCACGAUCGCGAACCUGGAAGACGCAUGGACCGAGCUUACGGGCGCCGCUGGCACCGUUUUGUCUCCGUCGGGACUUGGAUCCAUCGCGCUCGCGCUUUUGAGCUUCAGCAAGGCAGGUGACCACAUUUUAAUCACAGACAGUACUUACGAGCCCACUCGUUUGUUCAGUACGCGUUUUCUGGCCAAGUACGGCGUCGAAGCCGAAUAUUACGACCCAUUGAUCGGCGCAGACAUUGAAAAACUCGUGAGACCAAACACGAGCAUCAUUUUCUUGGAAAGCCCUGGUUCGCAAACGUUGGAGGUCCAAGACGUUCCUGCGAUCGCCAAAGUGGCCCAAAAACACAACAUCAUCACCAUCAUCGAUAACACUUGGGCCACUCCAGUUUUCUUUCGUCCUCACGAUCACGGCAUCGAUGUGACCAUUGAGGCAGGCACCAAAUACCUGGGUGGCCACUCCGACAUGCUUCUUGGGCUCACAACUGCCAACCAAAAAUGCUGGCCUAAACUCAGACAAACCUACGAUGCCAUGGCUAUGUUGCCAGGCGCAGAAGACUGUCAAUUGGCUUUACGUGGUAUGCGGUCCUUGGCCGUGAGACUCAGAGACAUUCAAUACAAAUCUGUUGCUUUGGCUAAAAUGCUUCAAAACAGGCCAGAAGUUGAGACUGUUCUUCAUCCUGCUCUUGAAAGCUGUCCAGGCCACAAGAUCUGGAAGCGUGAUUUCAAGGGCUGUACCGGUGUCUUUUCGAUUGUCUUGAAGGACGGCAUUGAAAGAAACGACAUUGAAAGAAUGCUUAACAACAUGAAAAUUUUCGGUAUGGGGUUGUCAUGGGGUGGCUACGAGAGUUUGAUCGUUCCAUUCCAAGCCAAGCGUAUCAGAACAGCCACUAAAUUUGGAUACGAAUCUUUGACGCUACGUCUACAGGUGGGGUUGGAAGAUUUGGCUGAUCUGGAGAUGGACCUACAAGCGGGGUUGGACCGUCUAAAUUUCAAGCGUAAGGCGAAACUUUGA